AUGAAAUUUCCAUAUUCUCUAUCCAAACAAUUUGUUUUCCCUAUUUUGGCCAUGCAAUUCCUCAUACAUGGUGUUUCGUCAUUGAACCUUACCAAUGAUUAUCUUAACCACAAAUGCUUCCUUAAUCAAGGAAUUUAUAACUCUAGAAGUGAGUACAAGGACAACCUCAACAUUCUCUUACGUGUCGUUCGUACUGGAAAUUAUACCAAGGAUGGUUUCAUGGGUGUAGAUAAGGGUGAAGCUCCGGAUUCUGUUAGCGUCAUGUUCCAGUGUCGUGGUGACACUUAUGGAUCUAAAUGCAAUACAUGCGCUGACACAGCAGUCGCAGGGUUUCGUAAAAGAUGUUCGAUGAACAAAGGAGGUAUAAUAUGGUACGACCAAUGUUUUCUCUGGGUUAGUGCGAUUAAUGAAGAUUUACUAAUCAGAACUAAUUACAAGAAUAUCUUUCCUAUGUACAACCCAAAUAACGUGAGAGGGGAUGCAAAAUUGUUCGCCAAGAGGGUGGUAUAUUUUCUUUCUGAGCUAACCCUUAAAAUCCAUCUAAACACCAAGAAGGGCUCCGUCAUCAUACUUUACUCAUCAGGGGAGAAGAAGUUCGGGAAAAAUACAUUGUAUGCAAUGGUACAGUGUGUAGGAUCAACAUUAGAUUGUAGAAGUUGCUUGGCAUGGAGUAUCAAUAAGCUUUUCAAGAACGGUGAUAUUAAACAAGGAGGCAGGGUUUUGGGGCUCAACUACUUGGAACAUGCUGUACGGUUUGGAUAUAAACUCAGAGAAAGGACCAACGUAACUGGUAAGCCCAUUUUGAUACACAAGAAAGGUAGCAAAGUUGUUGGCCUUGACUGUAACCGAGUUCACCCUGAGCUUCUUCUUAGCUGUGGAAACGAUCAUUUUGCAAGAAUCUGGGAUAUGCGUAAACUACAACCUGGAGACUCCCUUCAUGAUCUCGCACACAAACUAGUAGUCAACUCUGCUUAUUUCUCACCAUCAUCAGGCACAAUGAUUCUCACAACCUCUCAGGACAACCGUAUUCGAGUAUGA